AUGGAUACCAACAAGAAACAAAGUCGGCCAAGCGGCUUGCUUGAUGCUCUCGAGCAUCUGGAGGCAGUCGCCAAUGUGCCGCCCAAGCAAAGAUAUACCGAUGCAGGCGAGUUAGCAAACACCAUUGCAUCGGACGCGUAUGAGAGCGGCAUUCCGCACAUCGCUCUGGGCCGCCUGCUGAAAGUUUUGACCACGAAAAACAACCUUGACCAGGGGACCGUGACAGCACUCGUCAAGAACCUCUAUCCACAGGAGCGAGUCGCUUCCAAACAUAUCACCCAGGUUGUCUGCUGUCUGGGACCUAGCAAAUCCAAGCCCAGCCCAGCAACGCAAGCUCUACUCGUGCGCUGGCUGAUCCUCGCAUACGACCUCCUCGAUGACAAAACUCACCUUGGAAAGUUGUACGCAGUGCUCUUUAAUCACCUUGAUAUGAUCAGUCUGCGCAAAUCGCUGUGCCAUCUGCUAACGUUGAUCACGAGGCGCAAACAUGUCAAACCCUUUCGGAUCCAGGCUCUUAUGGAACUGAUACGGAAUUCCGGCGGUGAUGAGAAAGAACUUCUCAGCCUGCUUCGGAUCUUCAAGAAUUACUAUCCCGAAAUCAUUCUGGGGGAUCUCGGUGGUUCGAGGAGAAACGCUCUAUUCUUUAAACAUCCCGAUCCUGAAUGGUCGAAUCAUGCAAAACUGCUGCAGGACCAGAAGAUGGACUCGACACAGCAGUCUAGCUACCAAGUCACUCAUCGGGGUACGGUGAAGAGGGUUAAGAUUGAGGUGGUCAUCCCUGUCUUGCAAACUUCACACGUAUCGAGCAAGCACACGUCUCUGGAGGAGAUUCGGGACGUCUCCCACUUCGUGGAGAAGAUCGAGAAGAUCGAACUUCCGAACCAGAUCAUCUCGACACUUGGUGAUGCUAUGGCCCAGAAAUAUCUUCAUUUGACCCAAUCUGAAGCUGCGAGUCACCGCCUGGACGAGUGGCUGCGCUGCUUUUUGGAGGACAAACUGGAGCAAAUUGGGGAAGGCGACGAGGACGAGCCGGAGGUAUUGUCAUAUGUUCUGAGUUUUGUUGAAGGCUAUGCGGCUUAUACCAAGCAACUUCUCCCCUCGGUUCGGUCAUUCUUGCGCUCUUAUAUCGCCACAUGGAAUGGCCAAGAUAACCGCAAGCAAAUACUUCGAUUGCUGCGGUACCUCCCUAUUGAGUCUCUCGAAUCCCUCCGUGAGGAAACCUUCUCCCCAUUGGAGUCAGCUAUGAUGAAUAGUUCCUCCAGUUCCCAAACAGCCCUCCUUGACCUGCUCGACUUUUACUCCUCAUUGAUUAGCGAAUGGGGUACCAAAUUGCGAAACCAACCAUCCGUUUCGGAAGAAUCGACUUCUUUGAGCGAGGUCAUUAAACACGCGGAACUCCUCGCAUCUUCCAUCCAGGAGUUCGCAGCUAUCACCGAGGACGACCAAGACAACAGGCCAAUGGUUCUCUCUUUCCUCGAAUUCUACAGAUCUCUUGCAAACCUCUUCUCUCACGCAUCCCGAAACGCUAGAAUCCGAUUGACAGUGCCUCUCGCCCCGACUGUCUACACAAUAGCCUUCACCCCAAGCAUCGCCAUCAUAUCCAUCCUUAAUUCCAUCCUGGCGGGCUACAAAUCCUCCUUCGAGGCAUCUCUCACAUCAGAAGUCAUAACACCAUCCAACCCACCAGAACCGCUCUACAAAACUGCAGUAGUCAGCCAAUUCAACGGCUAUGUGAUGGACAUGUGCAACCUCAUAUGGCGGAACCGCGCCCUGAAUGCCGACGACCCGAAUGCACUUGGUUGUCUCAUCCCGCAAGCAAGCGUUGCAGCCUUCACAGAAUACAUUCGCAAUGUGAACGAGGCCAACAAACACUAUGAUCGAGAAAGCGCUUUUAAUUCCAAUUUGCCCUCGACAUUCUCCCUCAGCCAUCAUGCGGCAUUCUGCAAUUUGUCUGCAGCGUGUUUUGCGGAUCUAGAGGAGAACCAGAGGAUUCCGAAGCAUGCGCCGAAGUUGAGGAAGCCUGUUACUCAGAAAGCUCUGCAGGCACUUGAGAAAGAUGGUGGUGCCACGAUUACGUGGCAGGAGUAUCGUGUUCAUAUGCUAGAAUGGUUAGAGGCGAUUGGGAGCAGGGGAACGAGUAACUUGAUGAGGAGUACCAUGAAGGCUUUGCGGAAGGAGUGA